AUGGUCCUCCGAGAGGUAGUCGACGGCCAAGCCGGGCUCCCAGUGCCCAACAGCACUCUCUCAUACUGGCACAAGGACCCCUCAAAGAAGCUCCUGGGCUACCGUUCAACGCCAGACCUGCCUUCUGAGGCCGACACCAUCAUUAUCGGGACGGGAAUGACCGGCUCGUUCGCAGCCCGCUUCCUCAAGGAGCCGGCAUCGCCCGCGAGCCAGCAGUCCCUGCUGGUCCUCGAGGCCCGCGAGGCAUGCUGGGGCGCGACGGGCCGCAACGGCGGCCACUGCCAGCCCUUCCUCUACGGCACCGACGAGGAGGUCGCCCGCUUCGAGCUCGAGACGUACGGCUUCCUGCAGGACCUGGUCGCCGCCGAGGACAUCCCCUGCGACUGGCGGCCCGUCAACGGCGUGCACGCCAUGCUGAGCCAGGACGUCUUCGGCGCCGCCGCGAGGGCCAUCCCCGCCCUGCGCAGGAAGGUCCCCGACUUUGCCGACAAGAUCGCCGUCGUCUCGCCCGAGGGCCUGGUCGACGGGCCCAGCGGUGAGGGCGGGGGCGAGGGCGACGGCGGCGGGUGGGCGCGCGGCCUCACGCUCGAGAAGCUCAGGCUCGACCGCCCCGGCGUCGCGGGCGCCAUCGUGCAGAAGCACGCCGCGAGCAUGUGGCCCUACAAGCUCGUGUGCCACGUGCUGGAGGCGCUGCUCGCCGCCCACGGCCCGGCCUCGCUCAACCUGCAGACCAACACGCCCGUCACCGCCGUCGCCAGGGGCGCCGCCCGCCCGGGGAGGUGGGUCGUGACCACGCCCCGGGGCAGGGUCUCCGCGGCCAAGGUCCUGCUCGCCACCAACGGGUACACGUCGCGGCUGCUCCCCGCCUUCUCGGACCUGAUCGUCCCCGUCAGGGGCCAGAUCGGCGCGCUGCUGCCGCCCGAGCCGCGCGCCGCGCUGGACUACUCGUACGUCUUCUUUGGGCAGCUCAAGGGCGAGGGCGAGGACGGCGGGGACACCACGCGGGACGAGUACCUCGUCCAGCGGCCGCUUCCGGGCGGCGAGCUCAUCCUCGGCGGGGGCCGGCACCUGGCCCGGGGGAUGGCUGUCGGGGAGUGGAGGGACGACACGGUCGAGCCCAAGGUGGCGAGGUGGCUGCGGACCGAGCUGGAGCCUGUGCUUAGCCUCGACCGCAAGGAGGAUAAGGCGCCUGAGGAGGGGCUGGAGGCGUCGAUGGAGUGGACCGGCAUCAUGGCGUACAGCCGUGACCAGGUCCCGUGGAUCGGUGCUGUCCCCGAGUCUCUGGGCGGCGGUGAGGGUUUGUAUAUCGCAUCCGGUUUCACGGGGCACGGCAUGCCGCGAUGUGCCCUGGCAGGUAGGGGCAUAGCCAGGAUCAUGUUGGGAGAUGAGAAGGGGCACGGUAUUCCCAAGACGUUUAUGGUGGACGAGGACAGAGCAGCAAAGGCGAGGGAGAACUGGGGCCGUGUUGGGACUGUUGAUGAGAUGGAGGCGUUGAUCGCUGAUUUGAGACCGUUGAUGGAGUAG